CAAUCACAACAAAGUUGGGAAAAGAAAAAUAUCAAUUCUCUCCAUAUUUAUGCCCUACGAUACUUCCCCCCUCUCGCAACCGCAUCUCUCUCUCUCUCUCUAAAAUUUUUGGAUUAAUCUCCUUCUAGGGUUUCUGAGGUAUCACUUCUUUUCUCUCUCUAUUCCUCUGAGAAGCUCCGUUCUUUCUCAACAAUUCCUCAGACAUGGCCGGAUCCGCUGUUGUAACAGUGUACGGCAACGGAGCCAUCACAGAGGCCAAGAAAUCCCCUUUCUCUGUCAAGGUCGGUCUAGCCCAAAUGCUCCGAGGCGGCGUAAUCAUGGAUGUGGUUAACGCCGAGCAAGCCCGCAUCGCUGAAGAAGCAGGGGCCUGCGCAGUCAUGGCCUUGGAGCGUGUCCCUGCUGACAUCCGAGCCCAGGGAGGUGUCGCGAGGAUGAGUGACCCAGGUCUUAUAAAGGAGAUCAAGCAGGCCGUCACCAUCCCCGUCAUGGCCAAAGCUCGUAUUGGGCAUUUCGUGGAAGCCCAAAUCCUCGAAGCUAUUGGAAUCGAUUACGUCGAUGAGAGCGAGGUCCUCACCGUCGCUGACGAAGAUAAUCACAUCAAUAAGCAUAACUUCAGGAUUCCAUUUGUUUGUGGUUGUCGCAAUCUCGGUGAAUCCCUUCGUAGGAUUCGCGAAGGCGCUGCCAUGAUUCGGACCAAGGGAGAGGCUGGUACAGGUAACAUUAUUGAGGCCGUGAGACAUGUAAGGUCGGUGAUGGGCGACAUUAGGGUUCUGCGUAACAUGGAUGACGACGAGGUUUUCGCCUUCGCCAAGAAGAUUUCUGCUCCCUACGAUCUGGUGAUGCAGACUAAGCAGCUGGGUAGGCUCCCUGUGGUCCAGUUCGCUGCAGGUGGCGUCGCUACGCCGGCUGAUGCUGCUCUGAUGAUGCAAUUGGGUUGCGAUGGUGUCUUUGUUGGUUCUGGUGUAUUCAAGAGUGGUGACCCUGCUCGUAGAGCUCGGGCGAUUGUUCAGGCUGUGACCCAUUACAGUGACCCUGAUCUUCUUGCUGAGGUAAGCUGCGGGUUGGGUGAGGCCAUGGUUGGACUGAAUCUCAAGGAUGAGAAGGUUGAGAGGUUCGCCGCGCGGUCAGAGUAGGAAUUGGAGGAGGAUAAAGGGUUGGAUUCUAUUGGCUUGAAGGUGAUAUAUCGAAAUAUAUGUCUCUUUUCUUUCAUCUGCUGUCCUGUUAUCUUUGGGAACACUUGGUGGGGAUUUAAUUCUUUUUUUUUUUUUUUUUUUAACCCUUUUCGCAGACAGUAGUGAGGUUAUAAGAUCGAUUUCUUCUAUAUACUGAAGAAUCUUUAUUGAUCAGAAGUUAAUUUCUUAUCUUGAUUGGAUAAUUAUAAAUGGAUGAUUCAAUUAUAGAGAAAAAAAAUAUUUUUUAUGUGAA